CGGGUAACCUAACACACGAGUGCACACGCGAGUUGAUGAGCGAGUGGAUGAGCGAGUAGAUAUGCGCGUAGAUAAGCGAGUAUAUUUGUGAAGCUUUACGUAGAUGUAUGAGGCUUUAUGAACCCUUAUGUAGAUGUAUGAACCUUUGUGAACCUCUGUGCAGUUAUAUGCUUGUGAAUAAUUUUGCACGCGCACGGAGGGGCUCCCCCGCUUCUUCACCGUGACCCGUUUGUGUAUACCGAUUUGUGCGCGCGAGUUAGGUGCGCAGUUUAGAUGAGCAAUCCGUUUAGUGUAUAUACAUGUGGCAGUUGAGGUGAACGCACGGGGGUACACGGUGAGUGGUGGUGUAUACCCGUGGCACGUGCAAGUUCUCGCGAAGAAAUAAAAUUAAAAAAUAGCAGUCAACAAGUUAGCGGCGUUAAAAAAUGGCAGUCAAAGGAUAACAGUCAAAAAUUAGCAGUCAAAAAAUUAGCAGUCAAAGAAUAACAGUCAAAAAUUAGCAGUCAAAAAAUUAGCAGUCAAAAUAUUAGCAGUCAAAAUAUUAGCAGUCAAAAUAUUAGCAGUCAAAAAUUAAGAGUAAAAAAUUGCCAAAAAGCCAAAAAAUUGCCAACGCUAAAGAGUCACCAGUGUGGGUGAACUAAAAGCUAACUUUAGGGAGCCUUUGCAAAAAUAAAAAAACUAAUUAAUUGUUAUAAAAAAAAAAAAUAAAUAAUAAAAUAAAUAAAUGAAUGAAUAAAUAAAUAACCUAAGUUUCACUCCACUAGGUUUAAGAAUUCAAACGCGAAUUAAUCGAUUGCGAUUAUAUAAGUUAUUUUUUUUUUCUUUUUCACCGCAAUUUAUUUACUACCCUUUCAUUGACCCUUUUCUGAGGCGUUUACCGCAUUCGCAACUGACUUUGACUUUCCCUUUUUUUAUUUUCUCACUUUAUUUUAUGCGAGCACCAUGAACGCGUUUCUCCUUUUGGCCAUAGUUUUUUCCUUCCUAGGAUUCUGUCGAAGUGAGCACAAUGGCACGCCCGGCGGCAACCCGGCACAGAAGCACCAAGUGAUUAGCAACGCGCAGGAGCUAAUAACGAAGAUAGAUGCAGAGCCAGUGAAGAGCCAAUACGUAACGUACAUCUACCACAGCUCCAUAUGUUCCUACUGCACAAAGGUUACGGAUUCUAUAAAGGGCAACCAACAUGUAGAAAUAAUUGAUUUUCAUGAGGAUAGCAAUUUGGAAGAGUUAGUCCAAACGGAGAAGCCAAUUGUCGUUUUGAUGAAGAAUAUUAACAAGGGAAGUUCCAUCGAUAGAAGCAUCUUCUUCGCUGAGCUGAAUGAAAAAGGAGGAAAAAUUCAAGUCCCCGCACUCGAAAUACAUGAUUUUAUUAUGUACGAAUCGGAUGAAAUUAUUAAGUUUUAUAAACACUUGAUAGAGAAGGUUGGAGGAGGUGAAGGUGAUUCUGAGGAGUCACAGGAGGAAUAAACCUUUUCUUCUUUUUUUUUUUUUUUUUUUUUUU